GACGAUGCCACAUCCGAGGCUUGGAACAGGUGACAUCCACAUCUCAUCGAUCUGGGCUUCUGCCUCGGGAAUUUGAACCCUGACCCGUUGACAACCUCGCUGAACAAAACCCCAUUUCGACGGUACUUUUAUUCUCUUUUUUUAUGUUAUUUCGAUGUCGUGGUAAAGGCUCCGCAAACAAGUCACCUCCCGCCUCCCAUCUCGCGACGUCCGCCCACCGCACCGGCUUCCCUACCUCGAGACGCUUUUGCCGAGGCCGGACCCCAUUGCGGCACCAUGGCGUCGACCGCCCUCGAAGGGAUCAAGAACGCGCUGGAGCAAAUCAUCCGGGACCCGCGAUACCAUGAUCUCCUGUCAAUCCUCAAGACGGCCCGCAAUGGCGCCGUCUACGGAACCAAGGUGCGGUUUCCGCAUGCGCUGGUCAUGAUCUUCCUCUUCCGCUCCGGAACGUUCCGACACAAGUGCGCACUGGUCUUACGGGCGACGAGACAUCAUGCCAGCAACUUGGCACGUUUCGCCGUCAUCUACAAGCUGACGAUGCUUGCGCUCAAGAACUUUGGCGCAACGCCCGGCAAAGAGGGCACAUUUGAUUCCUUCUUCGGCGGCCUCGUCGGCGGCUACUUCGUCUUUGGCGGACGCUCCAAGCGGACCGGCAAGAUCUCGUCGGUCAACCAACAGAUCGUCAUCUACGUCUUCGCGCGCGUGAUGCUGGCGCUGGCGCGCAUCGCCGUCAAGCCCGGCGUCGGCUUGCCCGCCAUCACGGCCGAGCCUCUCAACUCCCAGAUCAACCACUACGCCUGGCCCGCGUUUGCGUCGCUGUCGUGGGCCAUGGUGAUGCUCGUCUUCCGCUACCACCCGGAAGAUCUGCAGUCGAGCCUGCGCAACAGCAUGACGUACAUCUACAAGGAAUGCAACGACUUUGACUCGCUCCGGACCCUGGUUUGGCACAACAAAUAGACGCAGGCUCGCGCGAAGACGGGGGGGUGGUAGGCGGUUCUCUCUUACCUCGGGUUGUUGGGCGUUUCGGCGUAGUCGAUGUUGUUUUUAUUAUUUCAAGACGGGCAUGUUGGGACAUUGGCCGGUGGCAUUUACAUGGAAGACACCCAUCGAGAUCGGAAGAGGGCUAGAAGGUCAUCGGGUCAGACGGAGGCUUCGCUUUUGCAUGUGAGAUUAGGUCGGCAGGUAUACAGAAACCAUUAGGAAUACUACGGUUCGUUGUCAA